UACAUUACUCUAUUUUCAUAAUCAAAUUGAUGUCCAAUUUGCAAGCAAAGCCCAAAACCAAAAGCGACUAUUUCUUCUCUCAGAAAACACUCAUACAUAUUCAUUAGCUUUCUCUCAGAGAACCAAAAUCCAUCACGAAUUGCAUUUUCAGAUACGUGAGUCAACUGCUAAUGGGAGAACACUUGGCUCUAUGUGUUGAUCGUCUUAUCACACCUAAAUCUUUGCACUCGUUGCAAGGGUCAGAGGAUGCAGGAUCCUCUGCAGGAAGUUCUUGCUCGCACACAGUAGGUCAAUCACCUUAUGGUACUACUAAUAAGGAGGAUGAAGAACUAGAAGCUGGAGGUGAAGAUGAGCCAUUACUUCAGACUGUGGAAUGCCGAAUUUGCCAGGAAGAAGAUAGCACUAAGAAUUUGGAGAUUCCUUGUGGCUGCAGUGGCAGCUUAAAGUAUGCUCAUAGGAAAUGUGUUCAGCNGCUCACCUUAUGCCAUAAUUCAAUGAUGCAUUUUUCCCUUCAGAAAUUUAAGUAUUUGGGACUUUAG